CAAAGGGCACAGCUGUGCUUCUCGUUUAUAUGCAGUCAGGGGUCAAAGGAAGGCGUGGAAUUUAAGGAAGGAACCCCCAUCCCAGCUUGCGUGGCCAACUCGGGGAAAAGGCCACAGGGAACAGGUACAAGCAUCAACACGCAGUCUCAGGGAGAGUGCCGACAGCAAUAAAACCUUGGCUCCUCCUCUGGGACUCCAUUCUCUGUGUUUCACAAACCACGCAGCGAGACACCUGGGACCCGGGAACUGCCCUGUGCACACCAAACCCCUCUUACUUGUUGAAGACGGCAUUCAGCCAUCCCCAGAAGUUCCUGCAGGUGCCCGGGGGCGGCAGCUUGGUGAGGCUGCACACCGGCCGCGUCAGCCUUACCAACACCACCAUGUCCUAGAAGAAAAGGAGAGAAGGGAAACGCAGACACUUCUCUGGAGCCUCAGACCCCUCUUCCAAACAGCGGCUCAAGUCCGGCUUCCCCUCAAGGCCUAGGCGGGUGCCAGCAGCUGUUAUGCGCUCACUGCGGGGGAACCCGUGAGGAUCAGCGCCAUCAGGGGAGGCUCCGUCACCGCCUCAGGGCUCGCCCCGCCCCGGGGCCACUCCGCGACCCAGCGCUCCCGCGAUGCCCUCCCCCCGGGGCUGCCCGUAAGGGACGACCAACCGAACCGUACCCUAAGGCCAACUCCCCCUCUCAGCCCUCCCCGACCGCCCCUCACCGCGGAGGCGCAGGAGGAGGGGCGGUCCCGGUCCUGGUCCCGGUCCCACUGUGCCUCACCGCCCCCAAGAUGGCGGCCACGGUGCUGCGGCAGCGGGCGGGAGGUGUUGGCUGCGUUGCGGCGGGGCUAUGGCGGGCUCAGAGCCGGCAGCGCAGCACUUUCGACGUGGCUGUGGUGGGUGCGGGAAUCGUGGGGCUCGCCUCAGCCCGGGAGCUCUCCCGGCGGUACCCGUCGCUCACCUUCGCCGUGCUGGAGAAGGAGCAGGAGCUGGCUCAUCACCAGAGUGGACAUAACAGUGGUGUGAUUCACAGUGGAAUUUAUUACAAACCUGGAUCUCUGAAAGCUAAGCUGUGUGUGGAGGGUGCAGCCCUCUGCUACGAGUACUGUGACCAGAAGGGAAUACCAUAUAAGCAGUGUGGGAAGCUGAUUGUAGCUGUUGAACAAGAGGAAAUCCCAAGACUCAAAGCUCUGUAUGAAAGAGGGCUGCAGAACAAUGUCCCAGGUCUGAAACUGAUUGGAGCAAAAGAAAUCCAAGCAAAAGAACCCUUCUGCAGGGGGCUGAUGGCCCUGGAUUCUCCAUACACUGGCAUUGUGAAUUAUAAACAAGUGGCUCAGUCCUAUGCUGAAGACUUCCAGGAAGCAGGUGGGACCAUCUUGACUGAUUUUGAAGUUACAAACAUGGAGAUGGGUCAAGAAAGUGAAGAUGGGCUGAAAUACCCAGUUGUUGUUAGGAGCUCAAAGGGUGAGGAAAUCUCCUGUAGGCACAUUGUGACCUGUGGAGGGCUGUACUCAGACCGCCUGUCAGAGAUCAGUGGCUGCAGCCCUGAGCCUCGGAUUGUUCCUUUCCGUGGAGAUUAUUUGGUGCUAAAACCAGAAAAGUGCUACAUGGUUAAAGGAAAUAUUUACCCAGUUCCCAAUCCUCGGUUCCCUUUUCUGGGAUUUCAUUUCACCCCAAGAAUGGAUGGCAGUGUUUGGCUUGGUCCUAAUGCAGUACUGGCCUUUAAGAGAGAGGGCUACAGAUUGUUUGACUUCAGCACUGGGGAUUUUUUAGAUGCUGUCAUGUACAGUGGGUUAUGGAAGCUUGUGCUGAGAAACUUGUCUUAUGGACUGAGUGAGAUCUACAGAGCAGUUUUCCUUAGUGCACAAGUGAAGCAGCUUCAGAAGUUCAUCCCUGAGGUCACUGUCAAUGAUGUACUCAGGGGUCCAUCUGGAGUGAGAGCUCAGGCUCUGGACAGUGAUGGGAAUUUGGUGGAUGACUUUGUAUUUGAUGGAGGCAGUGGAGAUAUUGGAAGCAGAAUCCUUCAUGUCAGAAAUGCCCCUUCUCCUGCUGCUACCUCCUCCCUUGCCAUAGCAAAAAUGAUUGCAGAUGAAGUGAAGAGAAGAUUUGAGUUGUGACUGAUUUGAUGGGUGUAGUGCAGUUUUUACCCCUCUUGUAAGUGUAGCAGCUUGUCUGCACUGGAUGAACCCUGCAUCCUUUAAUGACAAAGAUAAAACAGGAGGCAACGUGGUGCUUGCAAGACCAGCAUUUGAAAUGUUUGCCAUUGCCAGCUCACAACUUCCCAGCUUGAUGAAUAAAGGAGUUAGGGUGCCUGGUAAGAGCUGGUGGGGUACCACCAUCUGCAAGGAAGAAGCAAACAGCUUCUUGUCAAGGUUUGUUCUAAGCAGGAGCAGCCAGUGCCAGGCACAGCUGUGAGGGUUUCCCAGGACCAUAGUGGAUCAUGAGGUGGAGCAGGAAGAGCCCCUGUGGUGGGGUUGCCUCCAUGAACUUCCCAUGCUUCUGCUCCAGACAUUGUCUCCUCCUCACUCUCUGGAGGAGGUGGUUGGUGCUCUGAAAAAACCACAAGCAUGGGGUGGUUCUCUGUGUGGUUUCUCUCUGACUCCCUUUAAACUGGAGUCUGCAGUUCCUAAUCUUACAUUAUAGUAAUGGAGAUGGAAGGAUAAGCCCUGCAUAAGGGUUCUGCUGAUAUGUAAUUAAGGGCUUUAUCAGAGGCUGAAAACAAUAUUCAGAGCCUUCUGCAUGAAUGUAGAGUAUUUCAGAGACAAAUAAGCCUAAUAAGGGAUUACCAAAUCCAAGUCAAUUCAGAUAUGCAAUUCAGAUACACUAUCUGCUCACUGUAUCUAUUUUUUUUAUAGAGCUGAAAUUAAAAUGUAUCCUGGAAGAGUAAUUUUUCAUUUAAGUUAAAUCUGGGAAGGCAGCUCUGAUCAGAAACUACUUCAGUGGUUUGGGGUUGUAAUCUUGGUUGAUUGUUUGUUUUUUUUUCUUUUCUUUGAAUACUAGUGAUGCAAAAGGAGCUUAUCUUUGUACAGCAUGUUGAGCAAUCCAGUGGAAAUGGUCUUUUGUAAAAGCAAAUGUGAAGGGAGGGAAGCUCCUGAAACCUGUCUCCAUUGAGUCAUGUUGUAUUCUGCUUCCCUUGGAGCCCAAACAGCAGUGAGUCAGGCAGGCUUCCCAUUCCUCACAUGGCUGGCAAGGGGGGAGCUGACAAAGUGCUGGUUGCCCUCCUAAAUUCUCACUGAUACUUGAACUUUUAUCCCAAGUGCACCUGGAAGAGAAGUCUGUGCAGAGAAGGUGCUUUACACAGAGAUGUUAAACACAUAGGGUACUAAGUGACUGUCCUGGUGUGUUCUGCCUAAUUGCAACAAAAAAGAAUUACGUGGCCCCAGGGACAAAGUACUUGAGAAUAGUUUUAAAGCAGAUGUUCACAGGAUGUUGGGUAAUACAGAUAAUUGUGGGUAGUUUGCUACCAGGCAAUUUGCCAUCCUGUUGUUUCAGUUUGGGUUUGUUGGUGGUUUUUUUUUUUUUAAAGUUACCUUCUGCACUCCUGACAUUCAUCAGGGAAUGUGUUACCAUAGGAGGUCGUGUGCUAGCUGGUUGGUUGUUGGUUUUUUUUUUUUCACUGUACACAGCUGAGCUGUUUUUUGGGAGAGAAAGGACUUAAUCUUUUCUUAUUUUUUUAUUUUUACUCCUGGUGACAUCUACUUGACCAGAAAAGUAAUUCCCAUAUAAGAGCAACUUAGAAAUUGAAAUAGCUAGCUUUAAAUAAAAGCUUUUGUCAUUUUUCUUAGCCACAAUAACACUAAACAGAGAUUCAGGUAUUCCAGAUGCUGAAAUGCUGCGUGGCUGUGGAAGUUACAUCUUCACAAUGGAACAAUCAUAUCUUCACUCCCUGCCAGAAGUGUUGCCAAUCAACAGUAAAUACUACAAAAGGAUUGCAAAAGCAACUUCCUCCCACACGAGGUGUGGCCCUAACAUGUAUUAACAGAAUAAAGAACAUUAAAAUGUAAAGCAGUCACCUACUAUGAUGAAUCCUAAGUCAGCACAUUUAGCUGUGCAGCCUGCUGUGCUUUUUACUCUCAGGAGGUGAUUAUUUUGGGAUAGAGUUUAACUGAAUCUUUUAAAUUAUGAAUCUUUAAGUAGCAUUCUGUGAAAUAUUUAUAUUUUUAGAGAUAGAUAUAAACCUUUUUUAAGGAAAUAAUGUUAGAGAAUUGUGAUAAUAGGGAUUCCUCCAUGAAUCUUGUUGCCCACAAAUGGUGAAAAUGUAUGAAUUUAUUUUCUAAAAGGGUCUAACCAACUAACUAAAGGCUUAAGUGUGCCUUUUUCUAUUAUGAUUACAAUAACGUGGUGUGGAUUAAUUUAAAUUGCUGUAAGAUCUUUGUAUUUCUUCUGACUUACAGAAAAGUUUCACUAAUAUGUGCCCUAUAGUGUAGUUUAUAGCUCUGUAUAAUAGAAAUUACUUUUUUGGGGGACACACAAACAUGUGUGACACCAAACUUGCCUUCCUCAAGUAUUAGUAUUUUAUCUGUGCUUAUCACACUGCAGAGCUUUUCUUGACACAGGGAGAUGUAUGCAGUGGACUGAGCUGGUCUUGAGCCUGAUCUGGACCUGUAGUGGUGUGUGGAAUGGUGAUUCUUGAAGUUCUGAAUAAAUGCAUUGGGACAGCUUUGGACAAACCCAA